GGAAGCAUGAACUUCACAGCACUCUGCGCUGCUGUAGCUGUUGUGAGAAUCCUUCCGAACAGAUCUCAGUUCUUUCUGCACGAUUCGGUUUCGCUGAGCUGUGUGGACAGUGAAAACUCUUCCGACUGGACAGUGAAGAGAAACACGACCGAGAGCAAAACAGCAGACUGGGGAAAGAGAAACGGGUCACGGCGUGUAAUAAAUGCUGUUUAUCUGUUUGACAGCGGGCGGUACUGGUGCCAGUCUAGAGCUGGAACAUGCAGUGAGGUCAUUAAUGUUACUGUGACAGACGGCCCCGUGAUCCUGCAGAGUCCUGUCCUUCCUGUAGCCGAGGGGGAAGCAGUGAUUCUGCGUUGCAUCCGUAACCAGGCCUCUUCCUCCUCCAACUUUACGGAGUUUUAUAAAAACGGCCUCCUGAUCGGAAGCAGCUCAACCGGGAGCAUCACUAUCCGAGAUGUUUCCGAGUCUGAUGAAGGCCUCUACAAAUGUAGCAUUCCAGGAGCAGGGGAAUCCCCAGAGAGCUGGCUGUCAGUCAGAGGAUGCGAGCUAGACUCCUUUCGCUUUCAUCCCAUAUACGUGUUACUUCCUGUUGUUGCCACCUGCCUCUUGUUUGUCUGUGGGUUGCUGCUAUGGCUAAGGAGGUCAAAGGUCAAAGCUGAAGUGGAUGAUGACGUUUCCUACGCUGACGUCACCUUCCCUCACGAAGAGCCGCCGAAGACAAACUCAGAGACGACUCCAGAGUUAAAGCUGUACUCAACAAUCAAACCAGGAAGCUGCUGAAAGGAUCCCACCUGAUGCGAUCACAGCCAUGUUCUUUGUUGGAUCUUAAUGUGUUUUAUGUAGUAAGUAUUGUAUAUGUGGGAUGGCUGAUGUACAAACAAGUCUCUGGUGUUAAAGUCCUUUACAUAUCCAAAAUUAUGUGAAACAUUUAUCAUUAGCGUUUCGCUUUAAAAUCAGAGCGAAGCAAGAAAUAUUUUGACUUAAAUCUCACAAAACAUUGUGAAUUAAGUUAUUCUGUCACAUUCCGAGUCCUUACCUUCUUCCCAGUCAGACGUUAAUACAUUUUUUUAUGAUUUUUAUUAUCAAAACAAUGUACUUCCUGUAAAUUCUUUUUGUCAAUGUCAAGUGGGAUUUCUACAGCUUAUAAGAACAUUUGAAUGCUGCAUUAUGUUAAAUAAAGACACGUUUGCAAAAGAAACGGCAUGUUGUCAAUAAGUCUUGACUCUUAACCUAUCAGUCACUAAGUUACCAAGAUUGUUACUAAAACCAGAAUUUGUUAUUUGGCUCAUAGAUAUACAACAAACAAU